UUGACACAUCAUUAUUUUUCUUGGAGCUUUUCAUCUACUUUUGUCCCUCUGGCUUUCUGCCAUUUGGCCUCUCUCAUCUCUCAGUACAAUUGUCCCAUCUAUAUACUUCCCCCUCUCUUGCUCACAUCCUUGUCCACCUUUUCACAACAUACUGGUUCCCUGAGAGGCUUCACCCUGGCAGGCACCAUUCCAGUCAAGGGGGAGGAGGACUUCCUGACACUGGCUGCUUCACACCUCAGCCACCGCAAGCGUGUGAUUGGAGCGGCCGUAGGUGUAGCUAUGGUUCUAAUUCUACUGGUGGCCAUUCCACUGCUGGUCCACACGACCAAAGGAGGAAACACUGGAAGCGAAGGGAGCCAUUACGAAAUGCUUGAAAGCUGCAGGAUGGUCUGUGAUCCCUACACCACCUCUCAGCAAGGCCAGGAAUUAACAGCCGUAUCUCCGCCACCCCAGGACUACUCUGGGAAGAAGAUCAGGUCUGGCAUCCGUGGACCUCCGGGGAUCCCCGGCCCCCCGGGUGCACGUGGGCCGCCUGGGGAGCCAGGCAAGCCAGGGCCGCAGGGUCCCCCAGGUCCCGGUCCUGGAGGCUAUUCUCCCUCCCUUUACACUCCCAGAAUUGCCUUUUAUGCGGGGCUGCGCAAGCAGCACGAGGGGAGCGAAGUACUGAAGUUUGAUGAUGUGGUAACCAACGUAGGUAAUUACUACGAGCCCAGCACUGGCAAGUUCACCUGUCCGCUACCUGGCAUAUACUUUUUCACCUACCAUGUGCUCAUGAGAGGGGGCGACGGCACCAGCAUGUGGGCGGAGCUGAAGAAGAACGGACUGGUAAGAGCCAGUGCCAUCGCUCAGGAUGCCGAUCAGAAUUACGACUACGCGUCCAACAGUGUGAUCUUGCAUUUGGACGUGGGCGAUGAGGUGUGCGUGCAGCUGGAUGGCGGCAAGGUCCACGGGGGCAACAUCAACAAGUAUAGCACCUUCUCUGGAUUCCUCAUCUACCCAGACUGACAAUAAUCACUGGAUCAGAAGAGUAGACUUGUUUUCAAAUAAUCUAUACACAACUCAUACAGACUUCAUACAGGAUAGGCACACGACACAUGCAUGGAGCUCUAUGCACACACCUGCAUGCAUGCAAGCACACACACAGGUCAACAUUAACAUAAGUGGAUGAAGAGGAUAGAGAAGGGAAAAUUACAAUUAAGUUGAUUUAUAUGUGCGACAUUUAACAGCCUCCUUUGUGUACAGUUUGUGACCCAAAAAUAUACAAAAUAUUCUAAUGUGAUCCGUUUGACCUUAAAUUAAAUAUCAAAACAACACCAUUGGUCAGAUUGUUUGUUAUGCAAUAAUUGUGUUUACAUUAAUCACAAGGAAAAUGCAAAUUAUUUACAUCAACAUUUUUGCUCAAUAUUAAUGUAUAGUAAUUAAUUAUAUUAAUAUAAUAAUAAUAUACACACCUGAACAAGAUAUAACACAAUAGCUGUAUCAAAAAAAUCUGCCCAUACAAGGAUUAUAAUACAGUACUCAGUUAUGAUUGACAUUGUCAGAAAUGUAUUAAUUUCACAAUAUGCCUAUUAUGUGGUUGUAUUAUUCUAUGUUGUGCCCUCUCAUAAGGCAUAGAGCAAAUGCAUGUUAAUUGAAUUCAUGCGUUUUGGACAGAGUCAAUCAAAAUUGAAUGCAGUAAUAUUAUAUUUGUAAAGGCAAACUAUUGUAUUACCUCAUUGUACAGGUGUACCUUAUGCUGUAUAUAUGUGAGUUUGUCUCUCAAAGCCAAAAAGAUUUGACUUUUUACUGUUUCCAAAGUAAAAAAAAUAUAUAUCACCUUUUGCAAUUGCAAUUUUGUUUGUGGUGACAUUUGAGUACAUUAUUUACAAUGUUGUUCAUAUAUGCGUGUAUGAAUGGAUGCAGUAUAUAGAUAAGGACCAGUAGAAGUGACAAAUGCCGUUUUAUCUAAAUUAAAUGUACAAUACAUUAUACCAUCAUAUACAGCAUAUUUUCUUUUUUUUAUUGUUAUUAUUUAGGAAUAUGUCCAAAUCUCAUCAUCU